AUGAAUAGAUAUUUCUUGCUCAGAAUUCUCCAAACCCACUGUCUUGUGGCUCCUCGUCAACUACAACAACCUAUUAUUAAACGACUCGCUCAGUUCUCUUCAUCUUCAUCAUCAACAUCGAAUAACACUGAAGUAAUGAGUGAGAGUGAUAGUAGUAGUAGUAGUACCAGUACCAGCACAGAAGAGAAGAAUCCUCCAAUCUUGGUAAAGAAUAGUAAAAAUGAAACAAUAGAUAUCUCUAAAGUUCAUAUUCGUGUCAAAUCGGGGAUGAAGACACCAUGUGUUGAUAUAUGUAAAAUGGAUAAAGCUGGUUAUUGCGUAGGCUGCAGUCGUAAUAAACAAGAGAUAGGGGGGUGGGGUAUGAUGACAGAUCAAGAACGUGAGCUAGUCAUUGAAGAAUUACCAUGUCGAAAAAUUUUACAAUCCAAUAAUUAUCCUCCAGGCAUAAUAAAUAAAUAA